CAAUAGUUCCUAUUGACGUUCGCUUUGCAGUUCGCACACACCAGCUCGCUAGGCUGUCUCUUAAUUAAUCUAGGGACACAAACAGCUGGAUCAAAUCUACAAUAAGCUGUAAACCUUCAUCAGUAGUAGCUUGAAAACAUUCUGGUUUUUUUCAUUUAAUCGACGAGGAAUUUUUCGCAAAAAAUAUCAAAUUUGACAGCAGUGGAGUAAGUCAGCGUCUUUCAAUGGGGACAAGGUCGAGUUUAGAGAAUUUUAAUUCGAAGAGGACGACCGAAUAUUCAACUCGGAUUAAUCGUCCACCAAUGCAGUCGACACUGCAAACAAUCCAUUCCAGUGAAAAAGCUCUGUCAAUGAACUCACUCAACGAGCAAAGUGAUGACAGCCAUCAUCGAAACGGUUCGGUAUGUUCAACAGAUAGCUCUCCAAGUAAUUCAGAAUCGCAGCCGUCGAGACCACAGCGACCCCGCAGCGCUCCAGGGAACCAAUCAGCAGACAGCAACACAAUCUCAAGAACACAGGGAGUCCAACUUCACGUUCCAUCGUUAGAUGCGAAUGGUCUGCCCGAGACGCGACGGAUGGCCGUCUGUGAAGCCAACGACGAGGCAGAAAAGGCGCGAACGCGAAUGCGGGUAUACAAAAAGCGAUUUUGACAACUAUGGGUUUCGAGGCAACAUUGGCUACCAUGGAGAUUGGUUAUUAGAAAGAGCAGACUGUAUACGGAAACUUUAAAAAGAAAAGGGCUUUUCUCUCGAUCUGUACAAUGAUUUAAAAUCCAGCUGACCUGAGARAAAAAAAACGCUUAACUAAUGAAUGAGAAAUUUGUAGAACUAAUGUGACUCUUUUUCUCUUGAAAAAAUAGACUUCCAGGUCACAAAAACGAAAAGCAAUGCUGCUAAUAAGCGCUUUUAAUUCGUUAAUUAGAUUUUUUUUUUCAAUUGCAAUGGCGGGCAUAUAUUCAUUUUUCGAUGGUCAAUUUCACAGGCUUUAUGACCCCUCAGUUUUUUAGUGACAUCAUUUCUACGUCACUAUUUCAGAUCAGCUGGAAUGGCUUUAGAUGUAUUGAAAGACAAAAAUAUUUUUCAUCGCUAAAAUAUUCUUCAUUUUGUAUGCGAGCAUGCAUCUUUAAAUGGAGCAUGCGCAAUAGAAAUAUCAAAUAUCAAGUAAUCAAUACUCAAUAUUAAAGUAAGCAAUAUGUGAACAGCAAAAAUAUGGAUUCUUCUGGCCCACGGAUAACUUGUUUGAAAGCCAGAAAAUGACGGAGAUGACGAUAUUUACAGAUAAUGUGCAAAAGGUAUAGGGAGAGGACAUUAUUUACUGUCUGGGGGGGAGGGGGUGGGGAUCGAAGAAUUUUUGUUGCGAAUUAAUAGUGAGUAAUAAUUUAAUAUACCUCUCUCUCCCCCCUCAAUCUCAUUUUUGUGAUAAGUAAAUUAAAAAUAAUAUUUAUUUAGAAACGAUAAGUUUUACAGCGUUGCUGUGGUCGUGUGUAAGUAAGUCAUAGUAAUAGUGUGUAAGUAAGUAAUAGUAUAUUUGGCAUCUUAUACAUUGAUUGAAUCAAGCCCCAAUAAAGUAAAACUCCCCUUUUC